AUGCUAGAGGGAAUAUUCAUUAUCACUGUGUUCCAUGAAAGAACACAAGGAGACAAAGGAAUGACAGGACUAAAAGGAACACAAGGAGAUAAGGGAACUGUAGGAGACAAGGGAACAGAAGGCGACAAAGGAAUGACGGGAAAAAAGGGAACUAUCGGAGAUAAAGGUGAAAAGGGAACACAAGGAGAUAAAGGAAUGACAGGACCAGAAGGAACACAGGGCGAUAAGGGAACGAAAGGAAUGAAAGGCGAAACAGGUUACAAAGGAAUGAAAGGAAUGCAGGGAAUGAAAGGAGUUAAAGGAAUGAAAGGAGACAAAGGGACAUUAGGUGACAAGGGAACUGAUGGAGAUAAAGGAACGCAAGGAGAUAAAGGAAUGACAGGAGGAAAAGGAACCACGGGUGAUAAGGGUAUGACAGGUCAAAAGGGAACAUUAGGUGAUAAAGGAACGAAAGGAAUGAAAGGCGAGACAGGCUAUAAAGGUAUGAAAGGAAUGCAAGGAAUGAAAGGAUUGAAAGGAAUGAAGGGAUCUAAAGGAACAGAUGGAGACAAAGGUAUGACAGGACAGAAGGGAACACAAGGAGAUAAAGGUGAUACAGGUGAAAAAGGAACACAAGGCGAUAAAGGAACUAAAGGAAUGAAAGGCGAAACAGGCUACAAAGGAAUGAAGGGAAUGCAAGGAAUGAAAGGAGUUAAAGGAAUGAAGGGAUCAAAAGGAACAGAUGGAGAUAAAGGAGUGACUGGUAAUAAAGGCACAGUUGGCGACAAAGGAGCAAUAGGAGAAGAUGGACCAAAAGGUCCAUCGGGAACGCAAGGUGACAAAGGAAUGAAAGGCGCAAAGGGAACCCAAGGAGAUAUGGGAACAAAAGGAAUGAAAGGCGAGACAGGUUACAAAGGAAUGAAAGGAAUGCAGGGAAUGAAAGGUGUGAAAGGAAUGAAAGGUGCAAAAGGAACAGAAGGCGACAAAGGAACUGAUGGAGACAAAGGAACGCAAGGAGAUAAAGGAAUGAUAGGAGAGAAAGGAACACAAGGGGACAAAGGAAUGAUAGGCAUGAAAGGAACUCAAGGAGAUAAAGGAAUGAAAGGAGAAACCGGCUACAAAGGCAUGAAAGGUAUGCAAGGAAUGAAGGGUGCAAAAGGAGUGAAAGGAACACAAGGCGACAAGGGAACGACAGGCGACAAAGGAACACUAGGAGACAAAGGAACACAAGGAGACAAAGGAACUCUAGGAGAUAAAGGAAUGAAAGGAGAAACAGGCUACAAAGGCAUGAAAGGUAUGCAAGGAAUGAAGGGUAUCAAAGGAGCGAAAGGAACACAAGGUGACAAGGGAACGACAGGCGACAAAGGAACAUUAGGAGACAAAGGAACACAAGGAGACAAAGGAACUCUAGGAGAUAAAGGAAUGACAGGAAACAAGGGAACCGAUGGAGAUAAAGGACAACCAGGAACACAAGGUGAUAAAGGGACUAAAGGUAUGAAAGGAGAAACUGGAUACAAGGGUAUGAAGGGAAUGCAGGGUAUGAAAGGAGUUAAAGGAAUGAAGGGAUCAAAAGGAACAGAUGGUGAUAAAGGAGAAAAGGGAACUCUAGGUGACAAAGGAAUGACAGGACCAAAGGGAACACAGGGAGAUAAAGGAACGACAGGGGAUAAAGGAACUAUUGGAGAUAAAGGAACACAAGGAGACAAGGGAACCAAUGGAGAUAAAGGAACGACAGGAGAUAAAGGAACACUAGGAGAUAAAGGGGAAACAGGAGAAAAAGGAACACAAGGUGAUAAAGGAAUUAAAGGAAUGAAAGGAGAAACAGGAUACAAGGGUAUGAAGGGAAUGCAGGGUAUGAAAGGAGUUAAAGGAAUGAAGGGAUCCAAAGGAACAUAUGGUGAUAAAGGAACUGAUGGAGAUAAAGGAACGCAAGGAGAUAAAGGGAUGCCAGGAGAGCAAGGAACACAAGGAGAUAAAGGAACUAAAGGAAUGAAAGGAGAAACGGGAUAUAAAGGCAUGAAAGGAAUGCAAGGAAUGAAAGGUGUUAAGGGAAUUAAAGGAACACAGGGAGAUAAAGGAACACAAGGAGAUAAAGGUAAUGUAAAUUUUGUUUUUUUGUAUUUAUAUUUUUUAUUGUCUGGAAGCUCGGUGUUACACAGUGCAAUCUUAGUAUUUACGGAUCGACCUACAUGUGGUGACGGUACACAAGGAGACAAGGGACAAAAAGGAACACUGGGUGAUAAAGGAGAAAAAGGUACUGAUGGAGACAAAGGUGAAACAGGGAAUAAGGGAACACAAGGUGAUAAAGGGACGACAGGAGAUAAAGGAACACUUGGAGAUAAAGGGGAAACAGGAGAAAAGGGAACACUAGGUGAUAAAGGGACUAAAGGAAUGAAAGGAGAAACAGGAUACAAGGGUAUGAAGGGAAUGCAGGGUAUGAAAGGAGUUAAAGGAAUGAAAGGGUCCAAAGGAACAGAUGGUGAUAAAGGAGAAAAGGGAACUCUAGGUGACAAAGGAAUGACAGGACCAAAGGGAACACAGGGAGAUAAAGGAACGACAGGGGAUAAAGGAACUCUUGGAGAUAAAGGAAUGAAAGGAAACAAGGGAACCGACGGAGACAAAGGAACAAACGGUGACAAAGGAACACUGGGAGAUAAAGGGGAAACAGGAGAAAAAGGAACACAAGGUGAUAAAGGAAUCAAAGGAAUGAAGGGAGAAACAGGAUACAAGGGUAUGAAGGGAAUGCAGGGAAUGAAAGGAGUUAAAGGAAUGAAAGGGUCCAAAGGAACAGAUGGUGACAAGGGAGAAAAAGGAACACAAGGUGAUAAAGGAAUUAAAGGAAUGAAAGGAGAAACAGGAUACAAGGGUAUGAAGGGAAUGCAGGGUAUGAAAGGCGUUAAAGGAAUGAAAGGCAACAAGGGAACCGACGGUGACAAAGGAACAGACGGUGACAAAGGAACACUUGGAGAUAAAGGGGAAACCGGAGAAAAAGGAACACAAGGUGACCAAGGAAUCAAAGGAAUGAAGGGAGAAACAGGAUACAAGGGUAUGAAAGGAAUGCAGGGUAUGAAAGGAGUCAAAGGAAUGAAGGGAUCAAAAGGAACAGAUGGUGACAAAGGGUUACCAGGAACACAGGGUGAUAAAGGGAUGACAGGAAAUGAAGGAACUGACGGUGACAAAGGAACAGCGGGCGAUAAAGGAACACUUGGUGAUAAGGGAAUGACUGGUGAAAAGGGAACACAAGGAGACAAAGGCAUGACUGGUCUGAAAGGAACACAAGGAGACAAGGGCAUGACAGGAAAUAAGGGAACAGAUGGAGAUAAAGGAGCGCCAGGAGUUGUUGGACCAAAAGGAACACAAGGAGACAAAGGAGCCAAAGGAAUGAAGGGAGAGACGGGAUAUAAAGGCAUGAAAGGAAUGCAGGGAAUGAAAGGCGUCAAAGGGAUGAAAGGAUCAAAAGGAACAGAUGGUGACAAAGGAACAAAUGGAGACAAAGGAACUACUGGAGAUAAAGGAACACAAGGAGACAAAGGAAUGACAGGACUAAAAGGAACACAAGGAGAUAAAGGAAUGAAAGGAGAAAAGGGGACAUUAGGGGAUAAAGGAAUGACAGGAAAUAAGGGUACACAGGGUGAUAAAGGCGAAAAGGGCGAAACUGGAAAUAAAGGUACGCAGGGAGACAAAGGAAUGACUGGCACCAAGGGUACACAAGGAGAUAAGGGAACUAAAGGAAUGAAGGGAGAAACGGGAUAUAAAGGUAUGAAAGGAAUGCAGGGAAUGAAAGGCGUAAAAGGAAUGAAGGGAUCAAAAGGAACAGAUGGUGACAAGGGAACUGAUGGAGACAAAGGAACUGAUGGAGACAAAGGAAUGACCGGCGAAAAGGGAACACUAGGAGAUAAGGGAAUGACAGGAGAAAAAGGAACACAAGGAGAUAAGGGAAUUGAAGGACCACAAGGUGCUGAAGGAACUAAAGGAAUGAAGGGAGAGACGGGAUAUAAAGGCAUAAAAGGAAUGCAGGGUAUGAAAGGGGUAAAAGGAAUGAAGGGAGAAAAGGGAACUGUUGGAGACAAAGGAAUGACCGGCGAAAAAGGAACACUAGGAGAUAAGGGAAUGACAGGAGAAAAGGGAACACAAGGUGAUUUAGGUGAAAAGGGCACACAGGGCGAUAAAGGAACAAAGGGAAUGAAGGGAGAGACGGGAUAUAAAGGAAUGAAGGGAAUGCAAGGAAUGAAAGGUGUCAAGGGAAUGAAAGGUCAGAAAGGAACAGACGGAGAUAAAGGAACUCUUGGAGAUAAAGGUAUGACAGGAACAAAAGGAACACAAGGUGAUAAGGGAAUGACUGGGUCAAAGGGAACACAAGGUGAUAAGGGUAUGAUCGGUACGCAAGGAGAUAAAGGAAUGUCAGGAGAGAAGGGAACACAAGGUGAUAAAGGUACAAAGGGAAUGAAAGGGGAAACAGGAUACAAAGGAAUGAAAGGAAUGCAGGGAAUGAAAGGUGUUAAAGGCAUGGAAGGCGAAAAAGGAACACAAGGAGACAAAGGAAUGACUGGAUUGAAGGGAACACAAGGAGAUAAAGGAAUUAUAGGAGAGAAGGGAACGCAAGGUGAUCAAGGUGCAAAGGGAAUGAAAGGCGAGACAGGCUAUAAAGGUAUGAAAGGAAUGCAGGGAAUGAAAGGUGUUAAAGGCAUGGCAGGCGAGAAAGGAACACAAGGUGACAAAGGAACUGAUGGAGAUAAAGGAACACAAGGAGAUAAAGGAAUGACCGGCUUGAAAGGAACUCAAGGAGACAAAGGAAUGACAGGAGAAAAGGGAACACAAGGGGAUUUAGGAGAAAAGGGCACACAGGGCGAUAAAGGAACAAAGGGAAUGAAGGGAGAGACGGGAUAUAAAGGAAUGAAGGGAAUGCAAGGAAUGAAAGGUGUCAAGGGAAUGAAAGGUCAGAAAGGCACAGACGGUGAUAAAGGAACUCUGGGAGAUAAAGGUAUGACAGGAACUAAAGGAACACAAGGAGAUAAAGGAAUGACUGGACCAAAGGGAACACAAGGCGAUAAGGGUAUGAUCGGUACGCAAGGAGACAAAGGAAUGAAGGGAGAGACGGGAUAUAAAGGCAUGAAAGGAAUGCAGGGAAUGAAAGGUGUCAAAGGGAUGAAAGGAUCAAAAGGAACAGAUGGAGACAAGGGUAUGACCGGAGAAAAAGGAACACAAGGUGACAAGGGUAUGACUGGAGAAAAAGGAACGCUAGGUGACAAAGGAAUGGCUGGAGCAAAAGGAACCCAAGGGGAUAAAGGAAUGACAGGAACACAAGGAACACAAGGCGAUAAGGGAACCAAAGGAAUGAAAGGAGAGACGGGAUAUAAAGGCAUGAAAGGAAUGCAGGGAAUGAAAGGCGUUAAAGGAAUGAAGGGAUCAAAAGGAACAGAUGGUGACAAAGGAACUGAUGGCGAUAAAGGGGUCAAGGGUGAAACUGGAUCUAAGGGAACACAAGGGGACAAAGGAACAGAUGGUGAUAAGGGCACAAUAGGCGACAAAGGAACUCAAGGCGAUAUAGGAACCAAAGGAAUGAAGGGAGAAACAGGAUACAAAGGAAUGAAAGGAAUGCAGGGAAUGAAAGGCGUCAAAGGAAUGAAGGGGUCAAAAGGAACAGAUGGUGACAAGGGAACGGAUGGCGAUAAAGGAACACUGGGAGAUAAAGGAACACAAGGAGACAAAGGCACACUAGGUGACAAAGGGAUGAAUGGAGCAAAGGGUACACUAGGUGAUAAAGGUGCACCUGGCGAUGGAGGAGGCAAAGGAACGCAAGGAGACAAAGGAAUGACCGGCACAAAAGGGACACAAGGAGAUAAAGGAACUAAAGGAAUGAAGGGAGAAACGGGAUAUAAAGGUAUGAAAGGAAUGCAGGGCAUGAAAGGAGUCAAAGGAAUGAAGGGAUCAAAAGGAACAUAUGGUGACAAGGGAACUGAUGGAGACAAAGGAACUGUAGGAGACAAAGGAAAUACUGGGGACAAAGGAACAUUAGGAGAUAAGGGAAUGACAGGAGAAAAAGGAACACAAGGAGAUAAGGGACAGGAAGGACCACAAGGUGCUGAAGGACCUAAAGGAAUGAAGGGAGAGACGGGAUAUAAAGGCAUGAAAGGAAUGCAGGGUAUGAAAGGAGUCAAAGGAAUGAAGGGAGAAAAGGGAACUCUGGGAGACAAAGGAAUGACCGGAAAUAAAGGAACACAAGGAGAUAAAGGAAUGACCGGUAAUAAGGGAGAGAAAGGAUCUGGAGGUACACAAGGAGACAAAGGAAUGCCAGGAACACAGGGUGACAAGGGUGUCAAGGGAAUGAAAGGCGAGACAGGAUACAAAGGAAUGAAGGGAAUGCAAGGAAUGAAAGGAGUUAAAGGCAUGAAGGGAGAUAAAGGUACACUAGGAGACAAGGGUAUGACUGGCACAAAAGGAACUACAGGAGACAAAGGAACACAAGGAGACAAAGGAAUGCCAGGAACACAAGGAGAUAAAGGAGGAACAGGAACACAGGGAGAUAAAGGAGUCAAGGGGAUGAAAGGAACUGAUGGUGAUAAGGGAAUGACAGGAGAGAAAGGUACACUAGGUGAUAAAGGAAUGACAGGAAAUAAAGGAACACAAGGAGACAAAGGAAUGACCGGAGUAAAAGGAACUCAAGGGGAUAAAGGGAUACAAGGAGCAGAAGGAACACAAGGCGAUAAAGGAGCCAAAGGAAUGAAAGGAGAGACAGGCUACAAAGGAAUGAAAGGAAUGCAAGGAAUGAAAGGUGUUAAAGGAAUGACAGGAUCAAAAGGAACACAAGGUGACAAAGGAACUGAUGGCGAUAAAGGAACUGUGGGAGACAAAGGAAUGACAGGAAUGAAAGGAACACAAGGCGAUAUAGGAGUCAAAGGAAUGAAGGGAGAGACAGGUUAUAAAGGAAUGAAAGGAAUGCAAGGGAUGAAAGGUGUAAAAGGUAUGAAAGGACAAAAAGGUACUGACGGAGAUAAGGGCCAACCUGGAGAGGAUGGUAGUAAAGGAACAUUUGGCGAUAAAGGAGCAACAGGAGAAGAUGGGAGAACAAGGAUAUAA